AUGCCUGAAGAUAACUACCCUUCAAAUAUGUACGAUUUACUUUUAAUUGAUCUUUCAUCUAAAGCUUUACACCAAGAAGUUUCUGAAAUGCUAAAUGUUACAUAUUUGGCAGAGACCACACAAAAAGAAUUAAAAGAAGUCAAAGCAAUUGUAUACGGCCCUAAUUAUCGGGUCAUUGUUUCCUUACCAGUAAAAAUAGGAAGAAGAACAAGCCGAAAUGUUUUCUUCAUUGUGGAUAUAGGUUCUCCCGUCACUUAUAUUUGCGAAGAAGUUUACAAAAAAUUUAAAGUGACCCUACCUGACUCAAAAUCUUAUCACAUAUUAUUAAAUAAUCAUCCCACUAUCACCCAUUUACCACCAUCCAAAUCACAUUUUACUGAAAAUAACGUUCUUGGGGUAGAAUUUUUAAAGUCUACCGGUGCGGAUUUUAUCUUAAAAUUCAGCGAGGAAAGGGAAAGUGCCUUUAUACGCUUUAAUAAUAAAUAUGAGGUUCAAAGCCAACAGCAAUCCAUUCCCAAGCAUAUCUUUCAAUUGGAAGAAAUUUCUUGGCCAGGAAAAUCUUAUCUUACAUUUUCUUACAGAUUUAAUAAUUGA